AUGGCGAUGGGACGUGGGAUUCGGAAGCGAUGCGCAGCGAUGAAGGAAUCACAGGCGCUGCCAAGCAGUGCCCAGCGGGGAUUCGCCAUCGCCCGUACCGUGGUCGGUCUUGGCGCGGCGGGCGUCCCCCCAUCUCCCAGCAACAACGUUAUUCACAACGACGCUCAGAAACGCCUUGGCGCGGAAACGGGCGAAGCAAAAUUCAACCGCGCUCCGUAUGACCUAUAUGCCACACACCAAUUUACAAACCCCAUCAUUGCGACCUUGAAUACGUCCUGGCCCCUGUGA